AAUAUUCAUUUGUAGUUUAUUCAUUGAGAGUGCAACUGGUUCAUAAAUUGGCAUAAAUAAUGGAAGAAUUCAACGUGUUUGGUGAUGAUUUUUUGUCGAACGGUGAAUUUCAUCAAUUGUACUCAACUGAUCUUCAAGAUGAUAUUUUUUUGUGGGACAAUCGAAUCGAUUUUGAUGUUCAGUCAAAGUGGAAUUGUGCAAAUGAUAUGGACAGUGAAAUCAAAAGAGUCAAUUACUCAGCCUAUGAUCCGUGUCAAGUUACUUCAUUCAACAAUUAUUGUUACAAUGAUUUGAAUACUAUUCCAGAUGGAUUUAGUUCAAGCAAUCAGUAUUCGUGCAAUGAAACAGAUCAAGGAUCAAUUACAGAAAAGUAUAUCACCGAUAUGGAUGAAUGGAAGCAGGGCCAUUUGGAUGAUUUGAUCUAUAAAUCAAAUAACAACAAUGAUUGGGAAUUGAAUUUGGAGAAUUUAAUCAAUGAACAUCCGUAUGAUGAUACAACCUUUAAUGUGUGUGAUUUGCCAGCAAGAACAUUUUACUGCAAUGAUUCUUGUACGAAUUUUCUGAAAGAGACCUCCGAACACUUGGACACGAGCCUACGGACAUUUCAACCCCAUUAUGACGCUAUCAAUACUGCAUCAAAUCCAACGGCAUCAAAGCAUUUAAACUCUAACAAUCACGAUCGCAAAAAAUAUUCAAAUGUUGGCGAAGAAAAAGAAUUUAUUUGCAACUAUGGAGAUUGUCGGAAAGUUUAUGCAAAAGCUGGGCAUCUUAAGGCACAUAUCAGGCGCCAUAUAGGAGAUAAACCUUAUGUGUGCAGCUGGCCAAAUUGUACAUGGAAAUUUUCCAGAUCGGAUGAACUAUCACGGCAUCGUCGUUCUCAUAGCGGAAUAAAGCCCUACCAAUGCGAUUUGUGUCCCAAGUGCUUUUCGAGGUCUGAUCAUUUAACAAAACAUCGUAAGGUACACGAACGAAAAAUGGCUGCGUUGAAAAUUAAAGCUGUAUGGACCAAAUUACCACCAAGAAAACCCGGUCGCAAACCAAAAUCACAAACAUUGGCUCAGUACCCAACAAACCACAUAUAAUGCAAAAUAUAUACAAUUUAUGCACAAAAAUGUAAUGCUAAAUGCAAUAA